AUGUCAUUCCAGUUGUUUAAAGAUAACGUUCCCAUGGAGAUAAGUGCCUCAGGAGUGUGGGUGAAAACACUGUCAGAAGGAGGCAUGUUUGUCUACAAAUGUGUAGCUAACAAUUCCAUUGGAUCAGCAAGCAGCGCAACUGUUAACAUUACUGUACAUGGUAAGUGAGACCACAAAAAUACGUUGGUACUCAUGUUAAUACUUAAGACUGAUUUGACUGAUUCCAGUUACGCACGAUCUGAUCUCUAUGUUCACUGUAUAUAUUCUGCUGCAUCAGCGUCUAAUGAAGAACAUCAGUGACAUCAUGGGUGCACACAUAUAUGUCAUAACUGAGAAACUGUAUGCAAUAAGUUUUCUUAAUUAAAUAGAUGCGUGUAGACUUGUUCCUGGAAGAUUCCCAGAUUCCCCUCGUAGUUUCGACUUUUUUAAGCAACUAAACUGUGCUAAGAGUGAUGGCAUUUUGUGUGAUACUGGAGGAGGUACAAAUAGAUGCGAGAUGAGACGAGUACUUGUUUGCUAUUUUCGAAUGGUUUAUAUCAGAAACUCAUAUGAGUUUCUGUUUCUAUUAAUUCUUUCCUUAGAACUCAUAGUCUUAUGUUUUUGACUAUAGGAUGGACUCGUUUAAAGGGCACGAGUAGUGUCAGUUUAUUUAUAUCUGAAGCACAGCACAUGCUCCUGUAGUACUCACAUGUACAGUCACUUUUCUGCCAGUUCUCCCGAAACUUUUCUGGGCCCAGUUGUUUGAACGCCUAUUAUCGCUUACCUGGGGUUAACCCCGCUAAUCAAAAGUAUUUUCUUGGAUAAUUUUCUCUUUUCAUUUUUGGAGCAUCCAAUAAUUGUGGACAAAAAAUAAAUAAACUGAAUUUGCUUUUUAAGCUUUCAUAUCUGUAUUCAAAUUUUGCACUAAACCCAGCUUUGAACAACUCGCCUCUGCUGGACAAACAGCUACAGAAUUUCAUUUGCAUAUUCGAUCUAUAUGUCCCUUGAAAAAAGUUGUUCACCCAGUCGUCUGUAGCACAUACAGCUUUAGUAUCUGUGCUAUCUGUGCAGUAGAAACAGCGGUUGGUCUUCCUUUUUUUUACUUUCAUUUUGAUUUUUCACCCCAGUGUCAUCGACCAUCCAGCCUUUGCAAAACAAGACAAUAACUGAAGGUGGUGACUUGAACCAGUCUUGUAAUGCAUCUGGCACUCCUCCGCCAGUCGUGUCAUGGGUGAGAAUCAGCACUGGUCAACGCUUUGAUGGUAAUGUGUCACAACUUAUCAAUAUUAACAGGAGUGAAUCUAGAGACUACAGAUGCGAAGCCAGCAAUGAGUGUGGUAAUGCGUCAGAGGUACAAGACAUCGACGUGCAGUGUAAGUAAUGGACGGAGUUCACCAAAGUCUUCCAUAUCCUUAGGGAGCUUAGGCAACAACGUCAGCGACGACGACAAAAACGUCACUUAAAAAGUGAGCUGGUCCUGUUCCAAACAUCAUCGCUAUCAAUCCGCCUUAUUCAAUGUCAAAAUUGAGGUCGGCAAAUUUCGUUGGAGUUUUUCUUUUUAUAUCUUAAGGACUACCGUAUUUAUUCGAUUAACCGCCCUGGGAGCUUGUUAAAUUUUUGGACCUUGAAAGUGGGCGCUUAUUCGAGACGGGCGCUAAUUCGAGGCUGGGUGCUUAUUAAAUUUUCACCAUUUUCAGCAAGUGAAGUAUGUUUAUUUUUCAACAAAACGAUAAAUGCUAAUAACAAAACGCAAAGAAGUAAGAAAUCAAGGUUUCUGUAAAAUACUCUGAAGAAAAUUUGGUCCUCGGAGAAGUCUGUUAUUAGAACUUAUUCAUUCACGUGGGUGGGGUGGGGGUGAGCGCUUAUUUGAGUUUGAUUGGGAGGAGGAGGGUGUGGGCGCUUAUUAACUUUUUCUGCCUUUAGGAUGGGCGCUUAUUCGAGGUGGGCGGUAAUUCGAGGUUGGGCGCUUAUUCGAAUAAAUACGGUAUAUCUAAGUUCAGAAAAAGAAAAAGAAAAUCGUUUGUUUUAGGGAUGUUCAUGUCGUAGUCUCGCAAAAAAAAAGAAAAGAAAGUGGAAUGCACUUGCAAAGUUGUUUUGCUUAUUAACCCUAUAUAUUGCUGUUUUACCGUUAUCCUUUUUAAUUUCCGUUGCCAUCGCCAUCGUCGAUGCUUUAGCUCCCUCUUAAGUUUUCAGGCAGUGUUAGGGUUCCUGUACGAGUAUAUGGUUUGUGAGCCAUUGACAACGUCGUGUCCGGGGUCUCUCUUGAAUUGCCGUGCCCUAUCAGCAGAUGGGAAGGAGAGAGACCCUGAAUAAAAAAUUUGUGAAAUUGACAUCACAUUGACUGGUCUGUUUAGCUCCCCUUUUGCCCUAAUAUAGAUAAAAAAAAAAAGAACACUUUACACAAGACAUUGUCGAGGGAAUUGAGCACUUUCAUAGAUUAUGCAUAGAAAUAAACUUGACUUAGACGAAAUUUGAUUGCCCUACUCUUCAAAACCCAUUGGGCAUUAAUCCAGUGGCGACUUUUUUUUUUCACUGUCUUAUGGAUUGUUUGUGGACCCUUUUUUUAGACUGUCAUUUUUGGUGCACAGGACCGGCUUUCUGACUAAAGACUCACAAGAUUUUAUGAGCUGUUUUAUUAGGGGAUAUUCUUUAAAAAGUGGGUUAACGUUUGUUUGAUAUGCACCGUAGUACAGGGACUGUGAUGGCAAUACAAUUAAGCGAACCAAGCUAAAGAGUACCUGGAGAGUCGCAUUAAAGUUCUGGUGUGUUUGGUGGUUGUCUGAUUAUUGUUUUCGUUUUUGUUUUUAUGUUCUACUGUUUUUGAAGGAAAUCGAAUUCCACAUAUACAAGUGAAACACGUCUUUUGGCCAACGUUUUGAUUUUUUCUAGUUAUAAUGCCACAUUAAUUGUUGAUUGAACUAUGUCAUGUUAAUUUAAUCAUUUUGUUUCCUUGUAGACAAGCCAGAGAACGUCCAGCUAACAACAAACGCCAGUGCAAACAAAGCAUGCCAGAAUAACGUCUUGAAACUUACUUGUUCAGUCGGUGAUGCUAAUCCAGAAGUGACUUCAUAUCAGUUGUUUCGAAAUGACACUGAUCUUGGGGAAAGCAACACAGGAAUGUUGGCUCAAACACUGUCCAACAGCGGACUAUCGAUGUACAAAUGUGUGGCAAACAACUCUGUGGGAAGCGCAGAAAGCCCGAGUGUUUACAUCACCGUUAAUGGUAAUCAUGAAUUUCGUUUUCAUGUCCGCCUCUUUUGAUUCUUCCGGCGGAGCCUUUCUAUUGCUAGUUUGAUGUUGGCGCACUCGAGAAAGACUCUGCUUGUAUCAAUUAAAAUCUUUGUUGAGCAUGCAUUAAAUGCUGCUUGGAUAAAGUUUCGAUUACAGGCCUAAUAGCUGUGCGCUUGGUACAGCAGGCUCAGUUAUGAUUAUCGGUUUAUCAGUAAACGGAUGCUCACACUCGAAAAAGCCAGAAAACAAGAUCGACUUUUGCAGGAGUUCGGGAUGCGGUGACUUCAAAGGCCAGUCGCGAUUCAGGCAGAGCCUCCUUAAAAUCUCAUCCAUGAUUAAGAAAUAAAAAUGACGCUCAGGCUGUGCUCGCAGGGUGGCCUGUUUUAUGUAGUUGUUCAAAUUAUUAAUAAACUUUUUUGGUUAAUGAUAAGGAAUUUUGGAGAGUAUUCGCUUCCUUUUGCGGUGUUUUCGUAUGUACCUCCUUGACUGUGUUUCUUGUAUGAUGUUUAAACGGCACUCUGUACCUAUUCAGCCCCUAGGUUUUCAUUAGUGACAAUGCUAUCUAUUGGAUAAAUGGAACUGAAAUAGAGCUGGCUGCCAUUCAUCACGUUUAGCUGAAACCGUUUUAAUCUUCUGCAGGAGCUUUGCCCUCAGUCCGUAUUUGUCUUUUCCGCAAUUUAUCUUGCGUUUUCUGCAAGUUGAGGCACCUGUUUAGUCAAAUCUUUGAAGGUUUCUUGGUAAUUGCUUGAAGGUAGACCUACGCCUUCAAUAUUCCUCUUACGUUCUCCAUUAUUUUAUUGCAGUGCCACCGACUAUCGCACCAAUACUAGAUAGGACAGUUAACGAGACUGACAACUUAACUUUGGUCUGCGUGGCAACUGGUGUCCGUUCACCCUUUGUUUCCUGGGUGAAGGUUAGCAGUGGACAGCGCACAAAUGGAAGUUUGCUACAGCUCACUAAUGUUAGUAGGAGUCAAGCUGGGGAAUACAGAUGUGAGGCCAGCAAUGAAUGUGGCAAUGCAGUGGAGAGAGUGAACAUCACCGUACCAUGUAAGUUGCAAAGGUGUCGCUCAUGCCAUGGCAUUUUGACAAUCACGAGAAUUUCUGUAUUUUAAGAAGAGCGUGAAAUGUUGUUAAGAACUCAUAAAUUCCUUUAGCUUGAGAAAAUAACCGCCACACUGAUGAUGCGUCACUACCCAGAUCUGGGCAGUUCUUCUGAUUGGAUGAAGCAAAUUAUCAACCAAUCAGGAGCACUUCCCAGAUCUAGGUAGUGCUGCAUCAUGGAAUUUCUGCGCUCGUUCCUCAGACUUCAUUUUGCGCGGAAUCCAGUGGUGGCGUCGCGAAAUGUUGGCUCUUUUCUCAGGCUGAAAUACCUUUUGUUAAUAUUUCUUCAACAUCAUAAUGAUGCAGGAUCAGGGUAAAGUAGUACACAGUUCUAUCCCUGCUCCUUCAGUUUUUAGUGUUUGCCUGUUAAACUUCCAUCAAAACAUUCGGACGAUUUAGACGGUUAUAUGGAUACUAUCCUACAUGUAUACAGAGACUUACGAUCACCCGCAUCGCGCGAGGUGUUUCCAUGUGAUCCUCUCGAUCGCCUGAAUACCGGCCUAUAUACAGACUUCUGCAUUUCAACCCAGUGUACUGAGAUCUCCCCAAUCGUACGGAUCGUCCUGAAUGGCAUCAGAAAUGUUUCUAUAUGAUCGUCUCAAUCGCCUGAAUGCCGGCCUGUAUACAGGUUGCGAUCAACCCAACGGUACGGAUCGUCUUGUAACGCAUGAGAGGUGUUCCAUAUGAUUGUCUCGCCUGCUGAAACAUUGUAAAAUACCCUUCCUAGAUAAGUCUUCCCGACUGUCGGAAGAUUGAAGGGCACUUUUAAGACGAACCGGGUCAUCGAUACGACCCAAACGAUUACAUAGAAGAGAGAGGAAACAAGUGAUAACACCUCGGAAAACUACUUUGUAGUGCGCAUUUUAGACAAAUAUACGUUCAUCUAACUCUAAAGUGACCUUGACGCUAUUCUUCCUAUAUCCCCAAACUUAUGGCAUGAUUACAGGGUGUUGACAGUAAUUGUCGUUGCACCUGAAAAUGCAUAUUAAAUUAUUAUUUUUAGUCAAACCUGAGAAUGUACGUUUGGUAGCGACCAACAUUGGGGAUGAAGCCUGCCAGAACGAUUCUGUGUCUCUGGGCUGCUCAGCUGAUGCUAGUCCACCAGUCUGGUAUUAUCAGUUUUUUGAAAACGAUGUUCUUUUGGGAAGUAACACUUCAGGAAUGUUGGCCAGAUCACUAUCAAGUAGUGGAGAGCUCAUCUACAGAUGCGUUGCCAGCAACCUUGUAGGAGCAGAAAACAGCGCAAAUGUUUCGUUUUAUGUUGGAGGUACUGUCACUUGUACAUGUGAAAGCCUGAGGCCCCCUCCUCCCUUUUUCUUGAAGAAUGAUUUUUUUCGGUUUUGAACAGAAAAAGAAAAAUAAAAGAAAAUCACGCCCGCACGUAUCGUUUUCGAAUAGUCUUAGUUGCCAGUUCAAAAACAUUUGUUCAAUUUGUUCGCGAAAUAAGCGAUUCCUUACCCGUUCAGGCGGGAACUGCGUAGUUUUCGCUGAAUUCUACUGUGCCAUUCUUACAGAAGAGACUAGAAUUGCUAGCAAGAUUUUUUAUCAAUUGAGUCGACAAAUGCAAUUUACUCCUAUAUUUUGUACACAGAUACCCCUUUAGCCGGCACGGAAACCAUAACGUAAGAAGCUGUGUCGCGCUGAUCUUGAAAGUGUGUCGUCACAGCUAUAUCAGAGGGGUUUCUGUGCCACUGUUCAGCACAGUUUGAACAGGCUUUUAUACAAUACCAGAUCGCUUUUCAUUUCGACAAGAAAGACUAUCCUGUGUAUUGUAGAUGUACAUGUACCGUUAGCCUGGUUAGCUCAGUUGGGAGAACGCCAGUCUGCUGAGAGGGAGGCCAAGGGUUCGAACCCCGGCCGGAAGAACACUCAGGGUCUUUAAAUAACCGAGAAGAAGGUGCUGCCUUUGUAAUGACAUCUGAGAACGGUUAGACUUUCUAGUCUUCUCUGAUGAGGACGAAACAACGCAGGUCCCGUCUCACAGCACUUACUCUUAUCUGGUUCUUGUAGGACGUAAAAAAACCCACACCAUUGUUCGAAAAGAGUAGGGGACGUAGACCCCGGUGGUAGGGCCAACCUUCACACAUCAUUCACAUCAUGGGCUGGGUGCGUCAGUAAGCUCAUAAAUGGACUGAGAGCGGCUGCCAGUGGCGCCUUUGUAUGCUGACGUCCGAGCUUACUGUUCACAUGUUAAUAUAUAUUGUAAAGAUGGCACGUCUGUUGUCCUCUCAUACAUGACUCUUUCGUUCCUUCCAAAGUUAGCUAUGCUGCGUUCUUACGUCGUGAAGCUGGUGUUAUAUGGAACGUCAGUUCGUGCCAAGAAAACCAAUUAAGAAGAAAACGGCAAUAAAAAGAAUAUAACGGUAAUCUUUCAACAUUUAUUCUGGGACUCCAUGUAAUUUUUGUUUGAUUGCAGUACCGUCAUCCAUCCAAUCAAUACAAAAUGAGACUUGGAUUGAAGGUUCAAGCUGGAAUCUAACCUGUGACGCGUCUGGAAUCCCUUAA